UGGAGUGUUAAGUCAAGUGAGGUGUGUAACUUAGUUUUUUUAAGGUUUUGAGCACAUAAAUCACAUAGCAUAGCCGUCGCCAUGCCUAGUAGUCCGGAAGUAGUGUGACUCUGAUGCUCUCUUUAGUGCCCACAGCGCUCAUUCCCUUCAUCACAGCUCGUUCUUCUUGGACCAUUCUCUCCCUUGUCACCGCCGCCCGAACCAUGAGCUCCAGUUCGAACCAGCGUGCCUUCCAGCUCCGAGUCGACCCACUCACUGGCAACUCCGAGUGGGUCGUGAUCGACGAAGAAGAAGAUCAGGACCAAGGACCUGAAAUUUUUAAAAACUCGCAACAACCCAUGUUAGCUAUGACCUCGUACUUGGACAUGCUCAACGACUCUCCCAGGAAUCGAGCCUACGCCGAGGCCAUUAACAAGACUAUAACAGCACCUUGCCAUGUUCUUGAUAUUGGUGCUGGAACUGGUUUGUUAUCAAUGAUGGCUGCCCGGGCAAUGGGCUCUGGGGCCUCAAUGCCUCAGGGGAAGGUAACAGCUUGUGAGUCUUACCUUCCAAUGGUAAAGAUUAUGAGAAGAGUUAUGCGACUCAAUGGUAUGGAAAAAAACAUAUAUUUAUUCAACAAACGCUCUGAUGAACUUAAAGUUGGUGUAGAUAUAUCUUCACGAGCAGAUGUUUUAGUAAGUGAGAUACUUGACUCAGAAUUAUUGGGUGAAGGGCUGAUCCCUUCUCUACAACAUGCCCAUGACAUGUUGUUAGUGGAAAAUCCAUUAACUGUACCAUACCGAGCAACCACCUAUGGCCAGUUGGUAGAAAGCUCGUUCUUGUGGAGGCUUCACGAUUUGCAUAACAAUGAAGCGAAAACAUCAGAUGGCAUUCGCCUUGUUCCAACUGGUGUUGAUAGUAUUUUAGGUGUCAAGCCACAGCAAUAUGCUUAUCAUUGUGAUGCGAUGGAGAAAGAAAUAAAACUGCUGUCCGAACCCUUCAAAAUUUUUGAAUUUGAUUUUUGGAAACGGCCAGACAGUCAUGGAGAAACUCAGUUGUGUAUAAAAGCAACUAACGAUGGUCAACUUCAUGCUGUAGUUUCAUGGUGGGUACUUCAGCUGGAUCGUGAAGGGACAAUAUUUUAUUCUACUGCCCCAAGAUGGAUUAGUUUGCAAAAUAACAAAAGUGAUGAAGGAUGGUGCGACCACUGGAAACAGUGUGUCUGGUUUGUUCCAGGCCAAGGCAUUCCCAUAUCCAAUGAUCAAGAGGUUCAUUUGCACGCUGUUCAUGAUGAAACUAGCAUCUCGUAUAAUCUUGACAAACAAUCACAAACUGAUGUUAAAAUGCAUGGCAUUAAAGGUGGAGAUUUUCAGCUCUUACUUUCACCAGAAAGAAUUGCAAUCUAUGGCGACAAUGAAUGGAGGGGAAUCAUGUUAACAGCCAUAAGAAGUGCGUUAAAGGGAAGAAUUGAUCCACUAUGCGUUGUUGCAGAUGAUAGUGUUUUCUUAACAAUCCUCAUCGCACAGCUUUCAAAAACAUCAAACGUAAUAUCAUUGUUGCCAGGCCUGCGAGCCAAGGGUGCUCAAUAUUUGCAAGCUGUUGCUGAUGCAAAUGGCUUCUCCAUGGAUCGUGUACAAGUACUUGAAAAGAAGCAAUCACUCUUGAGUGUGCUUGAUACACACCACCAAAAGGUUGACUUGUUAAUUGGAGAACCUUUCUAUAGUGGAACUGAGGGCAUGCUUCCGUGGCAUAACUUGCGAUUUUGGAAGGAAAGGACAAUACUCAACUCUGUCCUCUCUGAAGAUGCAUUGAUGAUGCCUUGUAAAGGGAUUUUGAAGGCUUGUGCCAUGUCUCUUCCUGAUCUUUGGAAUAGUCGUCGCAGCUUAGAUAAGAUUGAAGGUUUUGAUCAUUCAGUUGCAAACACUACAUUAGGGGCAUGUGGUGAAUUACCUACUCCGCAAGAGGGUCCUUGCCUGCCUUGUUUUGUCUGGCAGUCCGGAAAAUAUAAGAAACUCAGUAGUGUAUUCACAGUAAUGGAGUUUGAUUUCUCAAAACCGAUAAGCCGAUCUUCAGGGCAGUUCCAGGUUGAAUUUGUUGAACCUGGGAUGUGCCAUGGCUUUGCUCUAUGGAUAGACUGGGUGAUGGAUUCAGAGAAUUCUGUCAUCUUAUCUACCGGUCCAGAUGAGAGAUAUUGGAAGCAAGGAGUAAAGCUUUUGGCCACACCUGCGGCAGUUGGAAUAGAAGGAUCAUCAAGUCCAAGUGAAUGUUGUCAUGCAGUAAUGGAGGCAUCGUUUGAGCCAUCAAAUGGUGAACUCAUUGUCAGACAUGUUUUCUCAUAGUGACUGCUGCUUUUGACUAUUGACACUCAUCUUCUGUAAGAAUCUUUGAACUACAAUACAAUUUUAGCCUAACAUCCCAUUUCUGGCAAAUGGGAUUUUGUCUCUUUUGAUAGUUUAAACAAGUCUUACAACUUCUAAUGUGGCUUUUGCAUUUUUUUUCUACUGUGGUAGGUGAAUUAGAUCGAAGUUUGAAUUAUCUGAUUACUUCAAUUCAACUCAUCCAUGAAUAAUGGAUUUUGGGUU